GUAAGACAAGAUUACCAACAUCAAGAAAACUAUUAAUGAGCGCUGCCAACACUGAUAUCAGUCAUGUGUAGUUGUUGUAGAUUGUAGUAGGUAUCGUCGCUUGCUUGCUUUCUUUACUUUGCACCGCGCGUCGUCUACCAAUUGGACUUAAAUUGAAAGAAUAUUUAUCGCAUUACAUUAAAGUUAAUAAUAUAAACUUAAUACAUAAUAAUUAAACGUAAAGAACAUACAACCGUGCCAAUAAUACGAGGAUGUGUAGAAAUAUGUGAAAGUGACAGUCGCAACAAUCGACUCAGUUUUUGUGAUUAUAAUGUUAUUUCGCAUAGUUUCAAGUCCACCAGUUUGUAUGUGCUGAAAUGUUACAUUUGGGAGUUCUUUCGUGUAUCGUCGAGGACACCUGAUCCGCGAUGUUCGAGGCGGGAUAGCAAGCGCUUGCACGAUCAACAUUUAUAAUGCAACAAGAUUUUUUAGCGGACGAGUGCAAGAGUAAAAGUCUGCGGCGGAGGCCCACGAAGGUUCUGAAGAUAGCCGAGAGCUUCACGAACUUGGAUGAGACUGCGAAGGCGGGCCGUUUCGUGAGGGGGCCUAACUGGCGAAGGCGUCGUGAGGGACUCGACGGGAGGACCAAGUGUUGUGAUGAUGAUUUCUGUGCUAAGGAGUCGAGUGUGAGUGAUGGCAGUGAGAAGGUGGGCGACCGGAGGGUCACGGGCUCGUCGUGCACGGCCCUCCGGACCGCGGUGGCUGCCCUGUACCCGUUUGAUGACUUCAUCCUGGAGAAGAUUGGCUCUGGAUUCUUCUCUGAAGUUUUCAAAGUGACCCAUAAAACGUCCGGCAAGGUGAUGGUGCUGAAGAUGAACCAGCAGCGAGCCAACCGGCCCAACAUGCUGCGCGAAGUCCAGCUCAUGAACAAACUGAAACAUCCCAACAUACUUGGGUUCAUGGGCGUAUGCGUGCAUGAGGGCCAACUCCACGCCCUCACCGAGUACAUGGAGGGCGGGUCCCUCGAGCAGGUGAUCCUGGGCAUGCCCCCCGAGCCCCUCCCGCAGGCGGCGCGGAUCUCGCUCGCCGCCGACAUGGCCGCCGGGCUCGAGUACCUGCACUCGCUCGGCGUGUUCCACCGCGACCUCACCGCCAAGAAUGUAUUAGUAAGAAAGCACGGAGAAGGAGACUUCACCGCAGUCGUGGCCGACUUCGGUCUCGCCGCUAAAAUACCUCAUCAAGUGAACGGCUACCGGCUGCCAAGCGUGGGCUCCCCGUGGUGGAUGUCGCCCGAGUGCCUCCGCGGCCGCUGGUACGACAACCGUUCGGACAUCUUCUCGUACGGCAUCAUACUGUGCCAGCUGAUCGCCAGGGUGGACGCCGAUCCGGACGUGCUCCCGCGCACGGACAAUUUCGGCCUCAACUACAUGGCGUUCGUGGAGCUGUGCGACGAACAGACCGUGCCGGACUUUCUGAGGCUCGCCUUCAACUGUUGCAUCUACGAUCCUAAAGCGCGGCCGCUAUUCCCUGAGAUAGUGAGCAACCUCGCCGAGAUUAAAGAAAGCUUGGACGAUGCGCCGUGGGGCCACGCGCCUAACAUCAGCUACGAGAGCGAGGAGUCGGACUCGUCGGGUCCACGGUCGUGCCCCGGGCUGUACGCGUGGCGCCCCCUCCGGCACGUGAGCCACGACCCGCUGCGACAUACUCCGCUCGAUACCAUCCAACACCGACGCUCGCUCUCCGAGCUCGAGUGGGGCUUGCCGCUUCCCCCGCGCGGCGCGCCGCCGCCGCACCGCUCCGCGUCCGCGCUGCCGGCCGCGCGCGCGCCGCCGCGCCUCGCGCGCCUGCACCGCCUCGCGCACAUCAUGCUGCUGCGCGACCCGCCCCGCGGCCGCGGCGGCACGCCGCUGCACACCUUCCGCGGCGUCAACAAGAUACUGGAGCAUCCGCAUUCCAGGGCCAGCGGUUUCUCGUCAUGCGUGGAACUCCCGUCGCCGCUAGUGCGAGUGUCGGACGAGCCCGAGCCGGGCGAGCCGCGGUGCGCGUCGCUGCCGUCGUCGCCGGGCGUGUCGCGGCGCGGCUCGCUGGAGCGGCCCGUACAGCAGCAGCCGCGCCCUAUCAACAACACCGAGCUAUCGGAAGGCGCAUUACUCGGCGCGGCGCGGCGGCGCGGCUCCUGCGAGUCGGGCAUCUUCUCCGUCGCCAACGAGGACCUCUGCGCCACGCACGCCGACUGCUUCUACAACGCCAUGUGCCCCUGCUCGCUCAUGGGCUGCCAGCGCUGCUGGUGGUGGCCGAGACACCGGCCCACACCGGACACGACAGACGAAGACUACCGCGACCCGCCGCUGCGAAUGUGUGAGCAUUGUCUGAUUAUUUACGAUAGACUGUUCAACGCUAGAACGUACAAGCGCGGCGCCGCCGGCUCGGCCAAUUCUAGCCUCUUCGUCCUCGACGACUCCGCCCUUUCGACUACGACAGUCAGCUCGCUGCGGAGUCUAGACGACUUAGAAGAAGUCCCCUCCCGCGACGAGCCGCAACCGCGGAAAAUAAUCGAGCAUGACGCUUCACCGUUCCUGUGCGGUAAGCUCGACUCUAACCGACCGGAUUCCGACGCCUCCGAAACGCCGGAGCCUCAAAAGGAAUACCAUAUUCUAGACAGAUGUUGCUGCGUCAGUCGCGCGAAAUGUAUAAGCGGGUGCGUCUCCCAUAAACCUUUAGAUGACGAUGAGCUGAGCUAUCUUCUUCAACGCGGACCGCUUAUCAACCAUCUUCUAAAUGCCUCGUGUAAGAGAACCUCCAGCGUGUACACGGAUAGUUCAGAGGACGUGGCGUCGCUAGCCGGUUCGGACAGCCUCUAUUGUGACGAAAGGAUCCCGCGUCACGUCCGCUCCGCGCAGAUCUCCAAAAUAGUGGAGUAUUUCGAGCGCAAGGGCGCGGACUUCAAGUGCGAUCGGACGUUCAAAAGUUCACGUUUCAAAGUGAGCAACUUCAGCAAAAUGGAAAUGUUACAGUUCGCGAAAGGUAAGGAAGGCGAGCGGAGUGAGAAGGAGUACUUCGUGGACGUGAAACACAGGGGGCUGGAUGACGGCUGCGGGCGGAAGUGCGUCCAGCAGAGACUCAUGAUCUGUGAGGGCGCCGUCAAGUCGAAACUGCCCCUCUUCGACAAGAAGUCGUAGCGACUCUAUGGUUACAACUGAUGUGUCAAAUCGAUAGUGAUUCGAUACUUCCAUAGUAGUUACGGAUAAAUAUUUUUACUCUAUAAUAUACACGGCGAUAUUGGAGUGAUUCAAGGCUAGUGCCACCGGUUCCCGUCUACAUAUUCUAUAGAUACGACGUAUCGUGUUGAGAUUUGUUUGGCCGCGCGCCGUACUGUUUCGAUUUUAUUUUGACGACUGAAUUAAAAGUAAGGUUUAGGAGGAAGGUUGUAGAUUUAGUUUUAGUGAAAAUAUUAGUUCGGGCGGAGCUUUUCAGUUGAUCCUACGAUGGCCUAUUGUUACGCAAUAGUCUAUAUUAGUCUAAAUAUAUAUGGCAGCAUAUAAUCAUAAUUUUCUCAAUGAAGCGCAUUCUUUAUAGUUAUACCGUUUAUAUAUAAAUUCGAGUUUUGUAAAUACGUUUAGGUUUAAUAUGUUUCAUCUAAACUUAUUUAUACACAGUAUUAUAUUAGUACUUGCCAGUUCAGUUAAUUAUAAUGUACAUACAACCGUAGCUGUUAAGAUUUAGCAACUGUCAUAAUAAUAAUUUUUGUACUUUUAAAGUGGCAGCAGUUUAAUAGAUAAUUUAGUGAUUUAA